CGAUUCCUGACGCAGGUCAAUGGCGGCUAUAAGUUUAAGUCCCUCGAUUGCGAAUUACUUGAAUCAGAAUGGAUCGAAGUAAAGGAAUGCUACAUCAAGGCCAUUAGCCGCAUGCGAAAUGAAAUAAACAUAAGGUUUAAACUGAAGAAAAGUGUUACAGAGGGCAAGGUUAACUUUAAACUCCUCAAACGGGAACGUGGUGGUUGGCAUCCUUUCUUGUAUGCAAUGACUGUUAACGCAUGUGACUACCUUGGGAAUUCUCAGAAGUAUUUGGUUCCCCGACUGAUAUAUACAUAUCUAAAGUCAUAUACAAAUGUCCUGCAUAAAUGUCCAUACGAGGCUAACACCGAUGUGUAUCUUUUAAAUUGGACAUUACCUGAAGAUAAUAUAAUAUCUCGAUUUCCAGUUGACUAUGGUGAAUAUGCCCUUCAUACGACUUGGUAUACCCAUAACACAAUGAUUGGACGAAUUAAUGGUUCCUUAGAGUAUUUUAAAAACUGGUAA